AUGCUCCUAUCAUCUUGUAUAUUGCGCCUGGGAUUUAGCAAGCGCAUCUUACAAUGCGCACGAUUCAAUUCAACGGAACAAGUCGAAUAUCUUAAAACAGCUCUCAGUAACGGCAGACUAGAUUGGACUGAUGUAAAAAAGAACAUUCUCGAGAAACGCGGCAACUGUAACACAAAGAAUAUUGACGCUAUGAUGCUUAAAGUAAUGGUUAAUAACAAAUAUUUCGAUGCGGCUUUGAAAUUUGCUGAUUAUCUGAAAAAGGAUAACACUGAUUUGUCUUUAGGCGCUAUAAAUGGUCUCCUAAUACUUUACUACAAUUAUUCUAAACACAGCAACUUGGCUCCUGAGGAGAGAGAGUUCAUCCUUAACACAUAUAACAAACUAUAUGAGAAGUAUAAAAUAUUAGAUUAUACUACAGGAGAUAAUUUAAUACAUGCAUUGUGUGCGAUAGAUGAGUGGAAAAAAUGUAAGCGGAUCCUGGAAGAUGUAAAAAUUAGUGGUACACCAACUCACUCUGCCUAUAGCACCAUAAUUGGAACCUUGUUUAGGUUGAAUAAGAAAGCGGAUGCUAUGAAAAUGAUUGAUGUUAGCGUGAAUGACAGAAGGCCACUCCAAGACUAUGCUUAUGAAGAAUGGAUUAAGAGUAUAUCUAGGAAAUACAAAGAUAAAAAGACUAUAUUGAAGUAUUUAGAGGAGAUAUGUUUACACAUUGAAAAUAGUGCUGGACCAAUACCUAAGGUGACAGCUGAUAGGCUAAAAGAUGCAUUCUCAUCUUUACAGUUUGAGACUAAGAAUACAGAAAUUGUUAAAAAGACCGGUGAUUGCAUUACAUGCUGGCAGACAUUGGACUGUCAUAAGCUAACUGAUGAAGAAUUUCUUUACCUUCAAAACAAUGUCAAGGAGAAAUUGAUUGUUGGUUCGGACUUGUUCCUAAAAUCAUCACCUGAAGAGCUUGAACGAUUUCAAAAGUUUGUCCAACAGACUGCACCGUACGACAUUGUUAUAGAUGCCUUAAACCUAUUAUAUUUAGCACAGAAAAAUGUAAAAGAUAGAAUGCACAUAUUAAAUUAUGUCGUGAAUUAUUUCUCAACAAAGAAUAUGAGAAUUUUGGUUUUAGGUAGGAAACAUAUGUUCAAAUUGAAUAAAGGAAGUUUACAUUAUAUGAUGAGGCGUGCUUUUACAUUUUUCACUGAUGAUUUAUCUCAAGAUGACCCAUACUUCAUAACAGCGGCCAUUUUAAGUGGAUCACACACAGAUAUUCUCUCCAGAGACUUGUUGAGGGGACACAGGUUUACUUUGAGAGAUGACAAUUUGAGAAGGAUUUUUCUGAGGUGGCAAUGGCAACACCAGUGGAAGGCUUUCAAUUCUAAGAGAGGACCAUUUGUACUGACACCUCUACCAUAUACGCCCUGUGCUCAAAAGAACUCUGGGGUUUGGCACAUACCGUAUGAGUCUGAAGAGAAUUUAGAUGAUGGCAAAAUCAAUGAUGGAGUUCCAGAUUGUUCUACGUGGUUAUGUUUGCGACCAAAACCUGAUAGUAGCUGA